AUGGGGUCUGAACUUAUAUAUAAAUAUAAUACUAUUAUUAAUGUGAAAUUAUAUACUACUAAACAAUACAAAAAAGAAUUAUCUGAAAUAGUUCAAGACCAGUUGCAGAGAGUUAAUAUAAUAGAUAUUGCUGAUAUGGAUAUUUCAGAGUAUGGUUUCAAAAAAUGCAGUUUAAUUGAAGUAGCAGAUAAAAAAAUAAAUAAAAUUGAAAAAACUAAUAAAGAUGAAAUUAAUAAGAUUAAUGAAGAAAUCGGUAUAGUUUAUGAAGAAAUUGAUGAAGAAAUUGAUGAGACUGGUGAAGUUAAUGGUGAAACUGAAGAAAUUGAAAAUUUGAUAGAUGAG